UGGCCUGUUUGGACGCCCGGUUUCGGGGUCGUGGUGGGUCCUCAGGUUCUGGACUCGCCCGUGGCCUGGGGUCCCCGUGAGUGCCCGCGGUGCACGGGUAGAAAGGAGUCUGCAGGCCGCUUCUGCUGGGGGUGUGGAUUCCGGGCCUUGCGGUGAGCCGGUGGCCUCCGCUCCCGCGGCUUGUCCGUAGCCAAACCCCUGGACAAAGCCGAGCGUGGACCGAGGCCGACCUAGGAGCGGGGCGGAGCCUGGGCGAGGAUGCCAGGCGGGCGGGGAGCGGACGGCGGAAAGGAUAGAAAGGUAGAGGUGGAUGUUACAGGUCAACCAGUUUUACAUCAUAGUCACCGAAAUCAGAACAACUGUUCCAAAAAAUUUCAGAUUCCGAAUGGUUGAAAUGGUGUUUGGCGGGGGCUUCAAUGUCAGAAUUUAUUUUCUAGCGUGAUUUGUGGUAAGUGUAAGAUGAUACGUUGGGAGAAGUAGAAGAGGAUACAAAAAAUUAAGUUAGUGGUUUCUUGAAAUCGAGGUUUAGAGGGUAUUUUUAUCUUGUAAACUUUAAUGUUGAGGAUUUUUGCUGAUUAUUAAAUGAAUAAGGCCGGGCGCGGUGGCUCAUGCCUGUAAUCCCAGCACUUUGGGAGGCCGAGACGGGUGGAUCACCUGAGGUCAGGAGUUUGAGACUAGCCUGGCCAACAUGGUGAAACCCCAAGUCUACUAAAAAUACAAAAAAUUAGCCGGGCGUGGUGGCGGGCGCCUGUAAUCCCAGCUACUUGGGAGGCUCAGGCAGGAGAGUUGUUUGAACCCGGGAGACGGAGGUUGCAGUGAGCCGAGACUGCGCCAUUGCACUCCAGCCUGGGCAACAAGAGCGAAACUCCGUCUCCAAAAAUAUGUACAUACCUAUAUAUAUGGGGAAAGGAUAUAAACAGCCAAAUCACAGACCUGAAAAUAAAUUAUUAAUGAGUAAAAGAAUGGAUUUUAAAACUUGUGACAUUGAGUCCAGGCGCGGUGGUUUACGCCUGUAAUCCCAGCACUUUGAGAGGCAGAGGUGGGCAGAUCACCUGAGGUCAGGAGUUCAAGACCAGCCUGGCCAACAUGGCGAAAAACCGUCUCUACUAAAAAAUACGAAAAUUAGCUGAGUGUGGUGGCGGGCGCCUGUAAUCCCAGCUCCUCGGGAGGCUGAGCUACCUCUGACUUUUGAGGAUGUUGCCAUUUAUUUCUCCGAGCAAGAAUGGCAGGAUCUAGAGGCAUGGCAGAAGGAGCUUUACAAGCAUGUGAUGAGAAGCAAUUAUGAGACUCUCGUCUCUCUAGAUGAUGGACUUCCAAAACCAGAACUAAUAUCCUGGAUUGAACACGGGGGAGAGCCCUUCAGGAAAUGGAGAGAAUCACAGAAAUCAGGAAACAUAAUUUGCUCCUCUGUUGAUAUGCAUUUUGAUCCAGGUUUUGAGGAACAGCUGCUUUGGGGAAGCCAGCAGGCUGUGAAUUCAGGAAAAACUAAAAGCCAUUUCCAAUUAGAUCCUGAGAGCCAGUGUUCCUUUGGAUCCUUUGUUUCCUUCAGGCCUGACCAAGGCAUCACCCUCGGGAGCCCACAGAGACACGACGCCAGGGCUCCUCUGCCACUAGCCCGCGGCCCCAGUCAAUCUACCCUAAAAGAAGGAAUCCCAGGUCCCAGAAAUCUGGAUCUUCCUGGUUUGUGGGACGUCCCCACCUGGGAGAGCACCCAGCACCCUUGUCCUGUCUGCGGGGAAAGCUGUUGGGAGAACAACCACUUAGUAAUGCACCAGAGAGGCAACUCAAAGGACCGGACACGUAGGGCCUGGGAGAAAUUCAACAAGAGGGCGGAGACGCAGAUGUCGUGGAGCAGCCCUCGGGUACAGAGGCACUUCCGGUGUGGCGUGUGCGGUAAGAGCUUCCGUCGGAAGCUGUGUCUGCUGCGCCAUCUGGCGGCCCACACGGGGAGGGGCCAGUUCAAGAGCGCUGACGGUGAAAUGCGCUUCCGACACGAGCUGGCCCAUCCCAGCCACCGCCUCCCGCAGCAGGGGGAGAAGCCUGCCCAGUGCACCCCAUGCGGCAAGCGCUGCCUCCCGGUGGACAGCACGCAGGCUCGCCGGUGCCAGCACAGCCGGGAGGGGCCGGCCUCUUGGAGAGAAGGCCCUGGGGCCUCCAGCAGUGUGCACUCGGGACAGAAGCCAGGCUCGCGCCUGCCCCAGGAGGGGAGCGGCCACCAGGAAGGGGACACGGAGGCGCUGCAGCACGGCGCAGAGGGGCCCUGCUCCUGCUCGGAGUGUGGCGAGCGCUCCCCUAUGAGCGCCAGGCUCGCCAGCCACUGCAGGGCGCAUACUGGACAAAAGCCCUUCCAGUGUCCGCUUUGCACCAAGCGCUUCCGCCUGCGCCGCCUGCUGCAGGUCCACCAGCACGCGCAUGGUGGGGAGAGACCGUUCUCCUGCAGGAAGUGUGGCAAGGGCUUCGCCAAGCAGUGUAAACUCACGGAGCACAUUCGAGUCCACAGCGGAGAGAAGCCUUUCUGGUGUGCCAAGUGUGGCAGGAACUUCCGUCAGAGGGGACAGCUGCUGCGGCACCAGCGGCUGCACACGGACGAGAAGCCCUUUCAGUGCCCAGAGUGUGGGCUGAGCUUCCGCCUGGAGAGCAUGCUGAGAGCCCACCGGCUCCGGCACGGUGGGGAGUGGCCCUUCUCCUGUAGCGAGUGUGGCAGAGGCUUCACCCACCAGUGCAAGCUCCGUGAGCACCUGAGAGUGCACAGCGGGGAGAGGCCCUUCCAGUGCCUGAAGUGCGACAAGCGCUUCCGCCUGAAGGGCAUCCUGAAGGCCCACCAGCACACGCACAGCAAGGAGAGGCCGUUCUCGUGCGGGGAGUGUGGCAAGGGCUUCACCAGACAGUCCAAGCUCACGGAGCACUUGCGCGUGCACAGCGGGGAGAGGCCCUUCCAGUGCCCGGAGUGCAACAGGAGCUUCCGCCUGAAGGGGCAGCUGCUCAGCCACCAGCGCCUGCACACGGGAGAGAGGCCCUUCCAGUGUCCGGAGUGCGACAAGCGCUAUCGCGUGAAGGCCGACAUGAAGGCCCACCAGCUGCUGCACAGCGGGGAGAUGCCUUUCUCCUGUGAGUGCGGCAAGGGCUUUGUGAAACACUCCAAGCUCAUCGAACACAUCAGGACGCACACGGGAGAGAAGCCUUUUCAGUGUCCCAAGUGUGACAAGAGUUUCCGCCUGAAGGCGCAGCUGCUCAGCCAUCAGGGCCUGCACACAGGGGAGAGGCCUUUCCACUGCCCUGAGUGUGACAAGAACUUCCGGGAAAGGGGACACAUGCUGAGGCACCAGCGCAUCCACAGGCCCGAGAGGCCCUUCGCCUGUGGCGACUGUGGAAAGGGCUUCAUUUAUAAGUCUAAGCUUGCAGAGCACAUCAGAGUACACACGAAAUCCUGUCCUGCUCCAAAUGAACUAGACAUUAAGAAAAGACUCAGCCAACUGUUCGCAAUGAUAGAGGCCGAUUGGAGUUGAGGCAGAGUGGGACAUCCAAAGCGUUCAGCAGGAUUGGUAUUGCCCAGGAAUCCACAGCAACAGUAGCCAGACCCGCUGGUAGACGGGUUUUAGGAGCAGGUGUCCUUCUUUGAGCAAGAGUGUCAUAUAAGUUAGGAAUAUGAGGAACCACAAAGGAUUUUCUCUUUGGAAACAUCACCAAUUAUAUUUCUUUUUUUUUUUUCCAAGAUGGAGUCUUGCUCUGUCACCCAGGCUGGAGUGCAGUGGCAUGAUCUCGGCUAUAUUGGAAAAGAUGGCAUUAUAAAACAAGGACAUAAUUUUAUGAAAAAGGAAGCAUCUGCAAACGAAAACAAUUUCUACGAGGUUAUAUGUGAUUGUUAAAAUUUUUAAGAAAAAGUGCACACAGAAAUCCAGAUAGGAUGUGAUUACCUUUGCAUUUAUAUAAAAAUAUAUGUGUGUAAUUACAAGGAA